AUGGUUGGAGCGGUGUCCGUCAUGGGCUCACAGUUGAUCGAACAAAAGACGCGCCCAAGUGGAUAUUUGAUUUCAAGUGCCAGAAAAAAGGCGCCUCCUUUAGGGCCAAUGGAGUUGAGAAGUUCGUUUCUUGAUUCUUAUUCUCUGAAACCUCUUUUGGCUUCCAAGAACUUCGGAAAACAUAUUAAGAAGAAAAAGAAGAACAAGAGUUUUGUGAUUGUGGACGAGCUUCCCGGGAACUAUGAAGACAACUUUGAGGAUGUGAAAAGACAAAUGGUAGACUAUUUUACAUAUAAAGCUGUGAGGAUGGUGUUGCAUCAGCUUUAUGAGAUGAACCCAGUACAAUACAGAUGGUUCUAUGAUGAGAACGGUUAUGGAAAGGGCUUCAUCCGUGACCUUGGCAAGGAGAAGCAGGAGCUUGCCGAAAGAGUGAUGGUAACUCGCCUUCGUCUCUAUGGAAAAUGGGUUAAGGAAUGCGAUCACACUGAAAUGUAUGAAAGGAUCUCAGAGCAGAAUCUUGAGUUGAUGCGCGAACGUCUCUUGGAAACUGUGGUGUGGCCGCCUCCAGACAACUCUAACAUGGACGAGUUAUAG